AUGCGCUCGACGCCCGACGCGCCGCGGCGGCGGCAGACGGAUCCGAUUCCGAUCCGUGCACCAGGCCGCCGCGCGAGUACGAGCGGGGGAAGCACCGCGAGCGGGGCGUCCGACUCUGGUGCGCCGUGGUCGUCGUCACCGGCGGCGAUCACGCGCUCGCUUACCGAGUCGAUCCACGGCCUCCAGACGCGCUACAGCGACUGGAAGCACUCGACCAAGGCCUUUCGAAAGAUGCGGCUCGACAGUGUGCCGCGCGAUAACUCGAGCGACUCGCUGUCGAGCACGGCGUCUGCGCCGCCGACCGUCGUCCUCGAGCCGCUCGAGGCGAUCGUGUCCGACGUGCUCCUAGCCGGCGAGCCGAUGCUCAAGGUGACGCAGAACAAGGUGGCGCAGCGCACCUUUUCGGUCGAUACCGAGAGUGCGGCUAUUGUCUGGGCGAGCAAAAAGGACAACAAGGUGCCGCUGUACGCCAUCCGUGACGUGCGCUUCGGCGCGGAAGCACGCUCCUAUCGGCAGUCGCUGCAGAUUGCCGACUCGCACGAGCCGCUGUGGAUCUCGGUAAUCUACCAGACACCAAAAGCGUACAAGGCCGUGCACUUGAUUGCGCUCUCGAGCGAAUCGCUGCAGCGCUGGCGCGACACGCUCCUCGGCGUCAUGGCGCAGCGCCAGGCGCUCAUCUCUGGCCGCGUGCCGGCGGCGAGCACGCAGUCGCACUGGCUCAAUGCGUCGUGGCAGGAGAAGGAUGCGAAGCUCACGCUCGACGACGUCGCACAGCUGUGCCAACGCACCGGCAUCCAGUGCUCCCACCGGGAGCUCAAGGCGCACUUUGAGGCCGCAGAUACCCAGAAAAAAGGCGUGCUCAACUUUGAGGCGUUCCAGCACUUUGUCGCCUCGCUCAAGCGCCGCGUCGACGUCGAGCAAAUUUUUCAGGCGUGGGCCGACCAGGAGACCAUUUCGCUCGACGUCUUUUGUGGCUUUUUGCGGCAAGAGCAGCGCGAGUCGUGGAGCGACGAGCAGGUGGCCAAGGUUUACGAGCGGCAUGCGUCGCCGCAGGGGAUGGGGUACGACCAGUUUCUCACCUACCUCCUCUCGCGCGAUAAUGCAUCGGGCGCGGCGCGCACGGCGCGGCGUACCGCGUCUCGCCACCGCCACGAAGCGAGUGACGAGGGCGACCAUGCGCUGACGCUGCCGCUGAGCGACUACUUUAUCAGCUCGAGUCACAAUACCUACCUCGUCGGUGGGCAGUGGAAAGGCGACAGCACGGUCGAGGGGUAUGUGCGUGCCUUGCAGCAAGGCGCACGCAGCGUCGAGCUCGACUGCUGGGACGGCCCCAACGGCCAGCCUCAGGUGACGCACGGGCGCACGCUCACCGGCAAGGUGCCGUUUGACGACGUCGUUGCGGCGAUUGCGCAGUAUGCGUUUGUGUCGUCGCCCUAUCCCCUGAUCCUCUCGCUCGAGAUCCACAACGAUGUGCAGCAGCAAGAGGCCAUUGCGUCGAUCCUGCGCACGCGUCUCGGCACGAUGCUGGUCACGGCGCCGCUCGACGACAUGCCGCGCGAUACGCUGCCGAGUCCCGAGGAGCUGCGUGGGCGCGUGUUGGUCAAGUUUAAAGACUGGGGCCUAAUCCACAUGCUCGAGCACGUCGCCGAGCCGCCCCCCGAGUCGCCCGUCUCGACAACCGACUACACCGAGUCGGAAGGCGACUCGCUCCUCGACCAGGCGCGGGGCAUUGUGCGCCACAUCAAGCGCCCGCUGCGCAAAGAGCCACCGGCGGAGCACGCGCCCAUGUCCGACUCGCUCACUGCGCUGCUCGUGUACACGAUCGGGGUGCGGUGCCGCGGCAUCAACAAAAAAGAGCACUAUGCGCCCGAGCACAUGUUUUCGCUCUCGGAGCGCAAGGCGCUGCGUAUCAUUCGCACGAACAAUGCAGACCUCGUCAAGCACAACGUGACACACCUCACACGCGUCUACCCCAGCCUCUCGACGCUGAGCCGUCUGCAUAGCAGCAGCGCCAACUUUCUGCCGAUCGACAUGUGGGCCGCGGGCUGCCAGCUCGUGGCGCUCAACUGGCAGACGCGCGACCGCGGCAUGGAGAUGAACCAGGCGUUCUUUUCCUACUACUCUGGCGGCUACCGCCUGAAGCCUGCCGGCCUGCGCGAGCGUACGCUGCUCAAAAACGGCCCAGGGGCCAUUCGUGUGUCGCUGCAUCUGACGAUCGUCUCUGCGCAGCAGCUUCCGCCGGGCGCGCGCGACGAAGAGACAAACGUGUACAUUGCGCUCAGCGCGCACACGCCUCUGCAGUGGGGCCGAGCCGCGCGGAUCGUGCGCGACGAAGGCGUCGGUACGUCGCCGCGUCUCGGCAGCGCGUCCUUCCGCACGGCGAGCGCGAAUUCCGCGCUCGCGCCGAUGUGGAAUGCGCGGUGCACCGUGCAACUCGACCUCCCUGCCCCCCUCGCCGCCGAGGCGUACGAGUCCGACCAGCUGCGUACCGUGACCCGCGGCCUGCUGGACCUGUGCUUUUUGCGCUUCCAGGUCUUUAACGAGCACCAAGGCGUGUCGAACGCCCUUGCGUCGUCCACGGCAAACCUCGGCACGCUGAGCCAAGGCUUCCGGCACCUCCCACUGUACGACACGCAGCUCUCGCGGCUGCUCUAUGCUACGCUCUUUGUCCAUACGCAAUAUACCCUCGAGCGGGUGGAAUAG